AGGAGGGAGGAACAGACAAGAGCGCGUUUGGAGUCGGGAAGCAGCUCGGUGGUUUUGAGCUGUGCGCACCUCCCCUCUCCACAGCGCGGAGAGCCUCCUCUCGCCUGCUUGCAAUUCCUGCUCUUCGUGCCAGAGCCUGCAGCUGUCUCCGGCGCGUCCCACCGCCGCUGUUGUGGGAAAUCGUCGCCCCUGCAUGACGAGCCGACGGCGGACUCCUUCCCCCCUUUCAGUGUCAACGCAAAACCAGAAGGAUAACGCAACUUUUUAAAACAAUUUCCAACACUGUGAGGAGACUGAAUGAAGACACCUGACAGCUCGUAACGCCUCAUCCGUGUGUUGACUGAAAUCUUUGACUCUGUGAAGGCUACAGGAAUGUGGAAUACAAGUCAUUCUCAGCGUAAAAGGACCUGCCUCCACCCCUGACACCAUGACCACAGACCUGAACUUGACCUCCCUGCUGAAUGUGACUGAUCUGCACAACCACACAAGAGGAUGUUCCCUCACCAAGACUGGUUUCCAGUUCUAUUACCUGCCCACCGUCUACAUCAUGGUCUUCAUCACGGGGCUGGUGGGCAACAGCCUGGCUAUCUGGAUGUUUGUGUGCCACAUGAGACCGUGGAGCAGCAUCUCCGUCUACAUGUUCAACCUGGCACUGGCUGACUUCUGUUACGUGCUCUCGCUGCCCUUCCUCAUCUUCUACUACUUCAACAAAACUGACUGGAUUUUUGGGGACAUUUUAUGCCGACUGCAGCGUUUUAUAUUCCACGUGAACCUGUAUGGGAGUAUUCUGUUUCUAACCUGCAUCAGCGUGCAUAGGUACACUGGUGUGGUGCACCCGCUCAAGUCUCUGGGACGAUUGAAGAAGAAAAACGCAGUGAUUACCAGCGCGUUGGUGUGGGUUGUAGUUGUUAUAGCUAUCUCGCCCAUCCUCUAUUACUCCAGGACCGGCUUAAAGCGUAAUGCAACCACUUGUUAUGACACCACAACUGAGGAUGAACUACCUGGUUAUUUUAUCUACAGCAUGACUUUGACUGUGUUUGGGUUCUGCAUCCCUUUCAUCAUCAUAUUUUGUUGCUAUGGCAUGAUAGUGAAAGCCUUAAUCUGCAACGACAUGAACAAUGCCCCCCUGCGGCAGAAAUCCAUCCACCUCGUCAUCAUCGUGCUGGCAGUCUUCGCAGUUUCCUAUCUGCCUUUCCACGUGAUGAAGAACCUGAACAUGCGAGCCAGGCUGUACUUCCAAAGCCCAGAUAUGUGCGACUUUAACAACCGUGUGUACGCCACCUACCAGGUGACAAGAGGACUAGCCAGCCUCAAUAGCUGUGUGGAUCCCGUUCUUUACUUCCUGGCUGGAGAUACGUUCAGGAGGAAGUUGUCACGGGCCACGAAAAAGCCUUCCAAGAAAGGGGACCAUGUCCUGCAGUCUAAGAGCGAGGAGACGGCUUUGAACAGCCUGGCUGAGUUUGUGGAGAAUGGGGAACGCAGGCUGUGACAAUAGUCGUGGGUGUGGACCUGUGUUAGAUCUAGAAAAGCAUGAUGGACUUUGUAUUGAGUAAAUAAAUGCACUGUAGGGUCUGAAGGCAGUGUGUCAAACAGGAUGGGCAGUGGUUUUAUUGAACUGUAGGAUACAUACUCUAUAUUCAACCCUGUAAUAACCAUCACUCGCUUGCAGCCUGUUGAUGUUGAUAAGCUACCGUACUGUAUUGUCCCGUACACGUAUUGUACUCUUAAUGUUAGAGCCAUCUCUUGUCAUUCCUAUUGAGUAGAAAGUGUUGCUUACACUUGAGAGAAAAUGAACAUCGUGACCAGGGAAGCAUGGGGAAAUGUUUCCCUAUAAGCUUUAAUCUCCUGCUCAUCAAUUUGUUCUGGAAAAAUAGGUGCAAGAAUGGAUAACAUCUUUCCCUUCCCCCCGGCUGAUGCUUAAUCAAUACCUAUUAAGCAGGUGAGAGCGUGCGCUUAAGGAAGUGUACCUGAGAUGGCUCUUAGUCGAAAAAGUAAAUGCACUGAACCUGAUUUUUGCUGCAUGGAUGUGCCGUGCAGACAUUGUAAUGCACUAUGACCGGGGACUCUCAGCACAGAGGGCCACCCAUCACUCCUCAUUUAUCCCUCCAUCUAUUACUGACUGAGGGGAGGAUUGUGGUCGACUAGUUUUUCAUUUUGACAGCUCUGAGGUUGAGGUCUGCAACGGCUCUGUUACCACAAUCUUUCUCUGCUUGUUAACCUGUUUUCAACAGAAAAAAAGAGAAGAUAAUACUUACAGUAUUUUUGCGUAUAUAAAACUAUGAUGAAUGUUUUUUUUUUAGGUGUAAUGUACAGGAUGUUGUGACGUUCCAGAGUAGUGUUGUUGUUGAUUUGUGCUAGUCGGUAUCACUAAUCGAGACCUUUAGUGCAUGAGUCCAGUAUCAAAAACCACCAGUGACACACUGACUAACCACAGCCAGUUGUAACUACUUGUAUUUUUUGCAGCAUUUGUGAUAAAUAACACAAACACACGCACACUCAAUCACCUUCUUUCGACUCCAUCAACAUAUUGAAGACUUGUCUGUAUGAGAUACCUCAAAGUAAAUUCUGCACUGUGUCCGUGUUUUGACAGGUAAUCAUUUCUCUUUUGUACCAUGCCGCCAUCACUCUGGAGAAUUGAUUGUGGAGCUGUCUCUGUAUAUAUUUUAACCUGGACUGUGUAGAUGUUUGAUGUCAGUACUAAUGCAUUUGUAAAUCUGUAAUGUGGUCAGCUAUUGUCAAGAAAAGGAAAUGAAUCACCUGUACAGGAUAUCUGGGGCCACAUGCAUCUUUGUCAAUAAAUUUUUAUAUUUAAAACAUGCCA